AUGGGGAUACUUGAUAAAAUCGCCGAUAUUGAAAAUGAAAUCGCAAGGACGCAGAAAAAUAAAGCGACGGAGUAUCAUCUCGGUUUACUGAAAGCUAAGCUCGCCAAGUACCGUUCUCAACUACUGGAGACACAAAACAAAGCUACCAAGGGUGAAGGAUUUGAUGUUAUGAAAUCAGGCGAUGCUCGGGUAUCACUAAUUGGCUUUCCGUCCGUCGGGAAGUCCACUCUCCUAAAUUCUUUGACUUCUACACACAGUGAAUGUGCAUCAUAUGAGUUCACAACUUUGACAUGCAUACCGGGUGUUAUUGAGUAUAAAGGCGCUAACAUCCAGUUAUUGGAUCUUCCAGGGAUAAUAGAAGGGGCGUCACAAGGAAAAGGGCGGGGGCGCCAGGUGAUUGCUGUUGCCCGAACGGCUGACCUCGUACUUAUGAUGCUUGAUGCCACCAAGCCGGAUGUCCACCGAAAGUUACUUGAAAACGAACUAGAAGCUGUGGGCAUUCGAUUGAAUAAAAACAAACCAAAUAUUUAUUUCAAGCAAAAGAAGACAGGUGGAUUAAAAAUCACAUCAAUGGUUCCCUUAACAAAGAUAAACGAGAAAAUGACUCAAAUGAUACUACAGGAAUAUAAAAUAUUUAAUGCAGAAGUCAUCUUUCGAGAAGAUUCUACACCGGAUGAAUUUAUUGAUGUAGUAGUUGGCGGUCGAGUAUAUCUGGCUUGUCUUUACGUGUAUAAUAAAAUUGACCAAAUAUCACUUCAAGAAGUUGACAGAUUAGCAAGACAGCCUCAUUCAGUUGUUGUUAGUUGCAAUCUAAAACUGAAUUUGGAUUACCUGCUAGAAAAGCUUUGGGACUAUUUAAAUUUAAUUCAAGUAUUCACUAAAAAACGUGGACAAAAACCAGAUCUUGAUGAAGGAAUUAUUUUACGAAACGGUUCAACAGUUGAACACAUUUGCCAUUCAAUUCACAGAUCUUUAGCAUCACAGUGUAAAUGUGCUCUUGUGUGGGGAACAAGUGUUAAAUUCAGUCCACAACAUGUUGGAUUGAAUCACGUCUUACAUCAUCACGAUGUUGUGCAAAUUGUAAAGAAAUAA